AUCGGAAGCUACACAACAUCAUUUAAACCAAGGCAGGGAUUGUUGUGUAACUGCAGGUUUUCUACAUCACUAUGCCUGUAGACGGUUCAAAGGACCAGGUGCCCUCCUGUCUCUCCAGCCCUGCCAGUGCUGCCCUUACCCCGGGAGGGACUGAUGAGGAUGGGUCUACAGGGGGCUCAGCUGUCUGCUCUUUCCCUGAAAACACUCAGGGCUCCGAGGCUGCUGCAGCCUAUCCUGCCAACACUGGACCUGGGGAGGGCAACAGCGGUGGUAAGAGGUCUGGAGCCUUGCUGCAGAUCGAUCGACAGCGUAUUCAAGCAGCAUCUGCCAGUUCUGGAGCCAAUGAACUCCAGGGCCUUGGUGUGGCUGUGUAUGACCAUGACGUCCUCGAGCAAGGGGUCCUUCAGCAAGUGGACGAGGCGAUUCAGGAGGCCAAUCAGGCUGCUGCUAAAGCUGAGGCUGAGAAGGAAUACCACUCUGUGCUGGAUGAUGUCAGGUCGGUCACAGCGUCUUUGAAACAAAUCAACAAGAUUAUCGAACAGCUGUCUCCCUAUGCUGCCUCCAGUAAAGAUAUCAGUCGGAAGAUUGAAUCUGUCAAACGACAGAAAGAAAAUAAGGAGAAACAGCUGAAGAAAGUCAAAGCCAAACAAAAGCGACUUCAGGCCAUUCUGGGAGGAGAGGAUACCGAGAGAGUAGAAGCUGAGCUUUUGGCAGAGGAUGAUGGAGAGGAAGAAGCCGGGCCAUCCACACUGGGCAGCAUGCUUAUGCCUGCUCAGGAGACCGAAUGGGAGGAGCUUAUCCGGAAAGGUCACAUGACUCCGUUUGGAACACGAAUCCCACAGAAGGAGGUAAAAAAGAAGCCUCGAAAAGUGAUGCUCGCUGAAAACUCUGCCUUUGACCUGUACUUGGCGGACCAGGCCAAGAUGGCUACUGAGAGGAGGAGAGUCCCUCUUCUCAAGAAGAAACGGAGCUCGAAACUCGGCCCCGAUAAAGCCAAGGGAAAAACUAAUUCAAUUGUUUCCACUUCCAAGGACAAAAAGAUGAAGAAGCGCAUCCGAAAGCUUCAGAUAACAGCUCUGAAGGCCCGUCCUAAGGCUCGGUCUAAGGCUGAGCCAUGCCUCCCUAAACCAAGGAGCAAGCUUCACACUAAGGGUGAGGGGACAGACAGCGAGGCUUCAGAGUACCUGCCCAGUGAUGAAGGUGUUGAUCCGGACCAAGAGGAGAGAGAAGCCAUGGAGGAGGGCUUUGGGGAUGAUGAUGAUGAAGAAGAGUACAAGUUGAAACCAUACAACAAGAAAGGGGAACGGAAAGGGACAAAGAAAGUAAAGAAGAAAGAGGAGAGUGAGGAAGAAUACUGCCCCGAGAGUUCGAAGGAAGAGGAGGAUGCGAAGGGAAAAGACAAAAAAAUCAAAGAUGACGGAGAUGUGGAGUACUACCGACAGCGAAUACGGAGAUGGAAGCGACAGCGUCUUCGAGAAAGGGAGGCGAAGAGAGAAAGAGGCGAGGAGCUCUCCGACGACAGUGAUGAAGAAUUUGACGAAGGCUUCAAAGUGCCCGGUUUCCUCUGGAAAAAACUUUACAAGUACCAGCAGACAGGUGUGCGGUGGCUGUGGGAACUCCACUGUCAGCAGGCAGGCGGCAUCCUGGGAGAUGAGAUGGGAUUGGGUAAAACCAUCCAGGUCAUCUGCUUUCUGGCUGGACUGAGCUACAGCAAACUGAGGACCAGAGGAUCCAACUACAGAUAUGUUGGUGUGGGUCCGACGGUCAUCGUGUGCCCAGCUACAGUGAUGCACCAGUGGGUAAAGGAGUUCCACACCUGGUGGCCUCCUUUCAGAGUGGCUGUACUACAUGAAACUGGCUCGUUCACCAGCAACAAGGUAAAGCUUAUUCCAGAGAUAGCAGCAUGUCAUGGUAUCCUGAUAACCUCGUAUUCAGCUGUGAGGAAUAUGCAAGACACCCUGCAGCGCUUCGAUUGGCACUACAUUAUACUGGAUGAGGGCCAUAAGAUCAGGAAUCCAAACGCUGGAGUUACCACUGCCUGCAAGCAGUUUCGCACUCCCCACAGGUUCAUUCUGUCGGGCUCUCCGAUGCAGAACAAUUUGAAGGAGCUGUGGUCUCUGUUUGACUUUGUCUUCCCCGGCAAACUGGGGACAUUGUCUGUCUUCAUGGAGCAGUUCUCUGUGCCCAUCACCAUGGGAGGAUACAGCAAUGCCUCACAUGUGCAGGUCCAAACGGCAUUUAAGUGUGCGUGCGUGCUGAGGGACACCAUCAAUCCGUACCUGCUCAGAAGAAUGAAGGCAGAUGUCAAGGCCAACCUCUCCUUACCUGACAAAAAUGAACAGGUUCUGUUUUGCAGAUUAACAGAGGACCAGCGGGAGGUUUAUCAGAGCUUUUUGGAUUCCAAAGAGGUCUACCAGAUGCUUAACGGGGGCAUGCAGAUAUUCGCAGGUUUGAUAGCACUACGUAAGAUCUGUAACCACCCUGACCUUUUCUCCGGCGGCCCCCGGAUUUUGAGGGGAAUCCCAGAGGAGCAGCUUACUAAAGAGGAACACUUUGGCUUUUGGAAACGUUCAGGCAAGCUGAUAGUCGUGGAGUCUUUGCUGCGACUCUGGUUCAAACAGGGCCACAGAGUCCUGCUCUUCAGUCAGUCUAGACAGAUGUUGGACAUCUUGCAGGUAUUUGUGAUGGAGAAUAAUUACUCGUAUGUGAAAAUGGACGGCACUACCACAAUAGCUUCCCGACAGCCCCUCAUCGCUCGGUACAACGAGGACAAAUCCAUUUUUAUCUUCUUGUUGACCACUAAAGUCGGAGGUCUGGGAGUCAAUCUGACUGGAGCCAAUAGAGUCAUAAUCUAUGACCCAGACUGGAACCCUAGUACCGACACACAGGCACGUGAGCGAGCAUGGAGGAUCGGUCAGACGCAGCAAGUAACGGUCUACAGAUUACUGACUGCAGGGACCAUUGAGGAGAAAAUUUACCACAGACAAAUCUUCAAACAGUUCCUGACCAACCGUGUUCUGAAGGACCCCAAACAAAGACGCUUCUUCAAGUCUAACGACAUCUAUGAGCUCUUCACACUGACUGACCCUGAUGGAGCUCAGGGAACAGAGACCAGUGCCCUUUUUGCAGGUACAGGUUCUGAUGUCAAGGCACCCAAGAAACCUCAGAGGCCAAUGCCAUCACACAGGGGAAACCAUGGCAGUCACAUACAUAAACACUCCUCAACAAACCAGAACGAAUUAGACAGUCAAUGCACUAACCAAAAUAGCCUAGAUAUAGAGCCAAAUAUUUCAGCAAAUACGCAGAAUACAGAACAAAAUAACAGAGACUGGGCCGGAGCCGAGCCAGCAGUUAAAAGCUCGAACUCAUCCAGCUCUCACCAACUCAGAGACAAAGACUCGACCCUGAGUAGCCCGCAGAAACGCAGGGAAAAGAGGAAGCACUGCGACUCAGUCGUCUCGGCCAAACGCAAACAUAAGAAGCGUAAACACUCCAAGGACUCUCGGUGUGAAGGACACCGCAUUUCUCACUUGGUGAAGAAAGGAGCCUUUCAGAAAGAGGAGAGUGAAGACAAAGACACGGAGAAGAAAUCUGAUGAUUAUGUCUUGGCAAAGCUCUUCAAGAAAUCUGGUAUCCACAGUGUGAUGCAGCAUGACUCCAUCAUGGAGUCCUCCAACCCUGACUAUGUUCUUGUGGAGGCAGAAGCCAACAGGGUGGCCAAAGAUGCCCUGAAAGCACUAAAGGUUUCUCGUCAGCAGUGCAGGCUGUCCUUCAAUAGACCCCCUCCUCCACCUGCAAGGAAACGGUUUGGACAAAAGAAUAAUUCUCUCCUGGUUCCACCUUCCGCUCAGUCCGUCCCCACUCUGAGCAAAUGCAAGGAUGCUGCUAUUGUGAAGAAGUCUGUGUCAAAGAAGCCUGGUUCAGGAGCUCACUUCAGUGGGGAGGGUGCAGAAAGUGACUUAAACUCCGCCCCACUCUCCUCCUCCUCCCUGCUGGCCAAGAUUAAAGCCCGUAAUCACCUCAGCGUGCCCUCCGGCCAAAGAGAAGAAGCAGAAGAAGAGGAGAACGACUCUGGAGCUCCAGGAACCAGCUCCCCCCCAGCUCCGCCCACUGAGCAUGACGAGCUGUUGGUGGAUGUACGCAACUUCUUAGCCUUCCAGGCAAAUGUGGACGGACAGGCCACCACCCAGGAAGUGCUGGGGUAUUUCAAACCAAGACUGACCGAGAAACAGGCGCCCGUCUUCAGAGAGCUGCUCAGGAGCAUCUGUAACUUCCAGAGGACUUCUGGUCAGGACGGCAUGUGGAGACUGAAGGAGCACUUCCGCUGAGGGAAGCACAGAUGAAAGUGAAGGAAAGCCUGAACUGUGAUGCAUAUUUAAGAACUUGUCAGCUUUCUUACAUAUUACUUUUUUUAUUUUGUGUCAAAUUGAGAUUUUUGUCAAACAAAAAUACAUUGAUUAAACUAGAUUGAAAUGGGUUUGUUAUGGAAGGACCAUAUUAACAUAUUUUACAGUACAAUAAGCUGUAAGCUCGUGUUAUCAGUUAUCCGUUAACUACAUCUUGAAGGGAAAGUCAGUUACAAUGUGAGCAAUUGUUCACAUAUUGAAAUUGCUUCCGUUUCUGUUUAUUGUUGUUCCUGGUUGUACUUGAAUUCACUUGUUUUAUAUUUGACUGAAAGUUAAACCUGUAUAACCGUGUUAAUGAUCUACUCAGAGAUAUGGUGUUUGAUUUGACAGCUUCACUUGUCAGAUUUUGUAAUUUUAAUAUGCUUCGAUAAGAUAUAAUAGGGGAGUUGUGUGUCAUUUUGUAAAUAGGACUAGAUCUCCACGGAUUUUAGUAGAAUUUGUAAUGAACGAUUUUUCUUACUGACUUCAGUAAAAUUCAAAUGAGCUACCUCCUAUUUGUGGAAAUAUUGUCAAAAAGCAGAGUAAUUUACCUGCCAUAUUUUGUAAAGGUAAAAGGCUUGUAUUAUUUGUAGAUAAUAAACCUCUGCAACGGCUUGCUUUUUCCAUGUUUGGUUAUUUAAACAGGAUUAGAGUAAAGGAAGUCUAUUGAAUUGGUAUGAAACAAUGUAAAAAAAGAAUUGUAUUUCAAAGAAGAUGAUCAGCCCUUGUAUACAGGUACCAAGCCAAACGAAUGAGUUAUGUGGUAAAUCCAUA